AUGCAUCGCAUUCCCAGGAAUCCAAAGCACGGUUCCCGCCUUGACAUGGUGCCUGACCCCGUCAAUCUCAACCUGCCCAGACCCCUCAAGCACGUAGUAGACCUCUGCCUGAGAAUGCUGGUGCAGGGCGAGUGUACCGUUGGAGGGACACGUCGCGAUUCCUACGCACAUCGAGUCGGAGCAGGUGCUCGGUUUGGAGAGCAGUGUUUGCCAGACCACGGUACCGUAUUUUGUGUCUGGGAACGAGCUGAAGGCUGUUUGGCUGAUUUGAUUCCCAUCGAGGAUCACUGGCAUGUGCUCUUGCGUUUCCUCGCUUUCACUUUUGUGAUGAACCAUUUCGCGGUCCGGAUCUCCAACGUAAGGAGCCAGACCAAACAACUCGUCGACUCCAUCCACGCUCCAGCACGAAAGCAUCCGCUCCGUGUUCUGCUUAUCUGUGUCAUGGGGAGCAGCGCCGAUACUUACUUUCCAGUGCAGCGUAUUGCCCAAGCAUGCCUACAGUGCAGACGGAAAAAAUGCCGGUGUACUGGCGAUCGGCCUGUAUGCGGACAGUGCCAACGACUCAAGAUUGAUUGUGUAUAUCCUGUUGAGGCUUCUCGGCGGCAGGCUCCCCGGCAGCAAAGGACUCGCUCGGCGAGUAUCGCCAUCGAUGAACCCGAGACUUAUCGACAAACACAAACCUCCGAGUCAAGCGAUGUACAGACGUCGGAGCUCGUGAGUAGGAUUGGGACACUAGAGGCAAAGAUCGAGUCCAUGGGAUCAAGCCUGCAACGGAUCGAAAGAUGCCUCGUUGCGCUUGUAGAUAGCAGUAAUACUGACCCGGAUGCCAUACCGGUAGGGCUGCCAGCUUCUUCCGGGCGUCCUGAGAGCGUCAGCAGCCCUAGAACAGGUGGCACUGCAUACCAGCCUUCGCCGCAUGAUGACCCUGCGAUCGAGGACUUUGGGACGUCGGAGGAUGUGCUCAUGGCAGUCGUUGAUUCGUAUUUUAAUUACGGCCAGAAUCAGCCCUACUCGUUCUUUCACGAAGAGACUUUCCGGCGGGGCUUGGCUCAACAAGCCAUCCCUAAGCAUUUAGUCCUAGCCGUCAUGGCGACUGCGGUCCGGUUCUGCUCGCAUCCCUACUAUUCCGGCCGCUCAUUGGAGAUGUCUGUCGAGUAUGCCAACAGGUCUUGGAAACUCAUUGUGUCGGACUGUUUCACCGUGGGCAAGGUGGCAGAGGUGUCCACGGUCCAGACAGUUGCUUUGCUGGGCCUGUUCGACUUUACUGCUGGUCGAUUACGCCAUGGCUCAGCGUGGGUCAAAGUCGGCCUGGCUGUCAGGAUCGCGCAGGACUGUGGGCUCAUGCUGGAGAAUGUAGAGCACCUCUCAUAUGCCCAACAGGAAGAGCGACGACGGGUGUUUUGGUCAGUAUACUUGUUGGAUCGCUUGGUAUCUUGCGGUCGUGGUCGGCCACCGGCCAUCGUUGAUGCAUCGUGCCACUUACAGCUGCCGUGUGAUGAGUCAACCUGGAGAGACGGCCUAGGGGUCAAGACACAAUCGUUGGACGAGAUGACGAACCGGACUCUCUCAAUAUCCCAACGCCAAUGCCCUUUGGCACAGGUCAUUGCUAUAGCGCAGAUCCUCGGCCGAUGUGCGCAAUAUGUACUCCAAGACUUCAACAUUAGAGGCCCACAUCCACCUUGGGACCCUGGCUCGGACUUCGCCGGCAUUGAGUCCGAUCUUCUCCAUUUCGAAGCAUACCUGGAAAUACAGAGACCAAUCAAUGAGAUACUCGCACCCUAUAUCUUAGCUGAAGGCUUGGUAGACAGCCAGUCGUCAGGUCCGAUCAUCUUCUCUCGGGCAUUAUUCCACCUGUGCUAUUGUCUGCUCAACCAUCCUUUCUUACUACGGCGCCGCAUCAACACAUGCCGAAACCUGGCUCCUAUCAGUUUCAUCAAGCGAUCAUCUGACUUGGCCUGGCUUCACGCACAGCAGAUGAUAGCUCUUAUCCGCGAGUCGCGCAAGUUGGGCUGCUCGUUCCACGCCUCAUCCAGCGGCUAUGCGGUCACGGUGGCUGGCUCCAUUAUCGCGUUCCGGACCUAUCAUGAGGACUCGCCGACUUGCCAAGAGGCCCAGAUAUUGCUCGAGGAGGCCUUGGGCUAUCUGGAUAUCAUUGGUCAUCACUGGAGUAAUGCCUCGACACUGCGCCAGAUAGUCUUCGAUGGGUUCCCGGGUCGCCAGUUGAAUAGCCUCACCCAGGGGUUGAGCUUCACGCCUGAAAUGGAAGAAGCGAUGUGGGCCCUGGUCGACUAUAAUACGAUGUCAAACCAGCUGAGCCAGGAUGGUCAUAUGAGUGGCCAGCUAUCAGAUGACCUGAUGCCAAACUCGUGGAUCGAUUUAUUUGGUCCAAUCGAUUAUGCUUUACUCUCCAGUUUUAAUGGAUCGACUCAAGAGGAAUAG